AUGGCCAAAAUCGCAAGCUUGGCGCAACAACACAAACUUGCAUUGGAAAAGGAAAAUCUUUACUUCGAUAUCAAUGCAGUAAAUGAGGUCGAACGGACUUUGCGGGGUAUACCGUCGCCGUAUCCUACUUUCAGCACAGACUUUGACGAGGAGGCGCUUGAUUUGCUUCGAGAUCGCUAUCACUGCACCGAAGCCUGGCGAAAUGCUCUUUUGAUUUAUAUUGAAAGGGUCUUUCGCUGGACACGGGCGAACCAGCACCUUCAAACGCGAAAUACAUUGCUCGCAGUAUCAUGGAGCAUGCCAGAGAUUAGACGGGAAGAAGAUCGGGAAUUUGUGAGGGAUUAUUGCUCAUGGUGGACUAGUUUAUGUGGCUCCAAGAUGUUCAUCGACGCUUCUGACUUUUGCGAGGAGAUCUGGGAAAGAGCAGACAAAGAAGGCUCCCAGGAAAUAUGGUGGGGAGGCAUCAUUGAUAUGCGAUGCUCAGAGUCAAAGCUUCCGGUCCGCCCUCAAAUCCUGCUGGGUUGA